ACAAUAGAGACGAAGAAUCCUUUGCAUUUCUCAUUUCUAUGGCGUAUUGCAAUUCAUUGUGCUUGGACAAAUCAAAAACUCUUGGUUAUGUAGCGUAUUGUAAUUCAUUGUGUUUGGACCAAUCAAAACCUCUUGGUCAUGUAGCGUAUUGUAAUUCAUUGUGUUUGGACCAAUCAAAACCUCUUGGUCAUGAAGGUAAACAUUAUUCCCAAUAAUGUAAAUAAAUUGGACAAGUACAAUCGACAACAUUCUCACAACUUCAAGCGAAGUAAGACUUUAGAAAAUAAAGCAGCUCAACCACUAUUUACCAUGUACCACAUGCCAAUGAUAUUUCAGACGUCAAACUUAACCUAUGACGAACGAUUUUCCGUUUAUUGCAACAAAAUUUUAAAGGAUUGUAAAGCCAGUGAGGUAAAGAGUAAGAUCGCCGAGUAUGUAAAGACAAAUGUCAAAAAAUGUGCGUGGAAAGCUAUUUGGAGCACGGUCAUACCUCAUACGAACGAGGCUUUGGAUAUUUUGGUUCAGGUCGUCAAUGUUAUACCAGAAAAUCUCACAUCAGAAGUCAGUUUAUGGAUACCAGUCACCUCCAACGUACCAAUCUCCUACCAAAAGGCACAGGCAAUGAUCAAAGGCAAACAGAAUUGCAUUCCAUUGAAUGAGCUAUCACCUGUGUAUGACGAGACUGGAGACUUGGAUGAAACAGCAAUGGCCCUCGAGCAUGUGAAAUUUUUCUUUGAAAAUAUUUGGCGUGAUUGGGAUUUGGGAGACGAUGAAAACUACACCUACACGACCCGUCAUUUACACAACAGACUUCGACUUUAUUACGACAUAAAAGAACACAAUUUAUCAACGGAAUUCAUCAGACAUUAUUGGGACAUUAUAGCUCUGUACAAACAAGAAGCGAUGGGCUUGAAAGUGCUGCGUAAUAACAUGUCGGCGAGCGACUCGGAAGAAGAGCUGGACUCGUCGGAUGUUUAUACAUUGGCUCAGAAAACCGAAGAGCUGGACACCAUAGCAAAAUCAUUGCAGGCGUUGGAAGAUCCGAAAAUGAGGGAACUCCUUUACACGGUAGCUUUUAAUAAUAACUUACAAGGAAGGAAAAACAAACGAACGUCGCCAUGUACUCUGUGUGAAAUUUUGGAAAAGUAUUCCAAAAUAGGUGGCAGAUUUCUAUUUUGGAAUACAUCGACUUUUCAAAGAGCUUCUUUCCUAAAUUAG